GAAGAGCCGACAGAUCGUUCGGAGAUUCAGGCUAAAAAAAUAUAUCACUUAUCCGACGGAGAAAAUAUUCCAUUACUUUUAAUUAUAAAUCUUAUCAAUACCAAUUACCACCCAGGUACCUUAAUGCUAAAUUUGGCGGCCGUAUUCUGCCUCUGUUUAUUUAACGCUAGCUAACGUUAGCUGUUAUCACGUCGCUACCUGACUGCAGCCCCCUGCUCCCCAAACACACCGCCUUUGUGGCUAUGAGUACGGAUUUACUAUCUGAUUUGGACAGUCGUUUCUUCGCUGAUAACCUCCUGACAAGCGAAGAUUGGGAUGCCUGCCUGUACCAGUGUGAGAGCAUGGAGGAGGGAGAGGACGGAGACUUCAGCCGGAGGUUGAAAUGCGAGCCAUCGUUUGACAAUGACCUGGUGCUCACUCUCGAUCCUGACAACCCCACAUCGCCAUGGCAACACCUUGACGACAACCUUCUCACAGGGGAAACUCCAGUGAUAAAAAAUGAAAUGACCAUCACUCAGCCAUUACCAGUGGAAAUGUUGUUCCAGGUGAAAGCAGAGCCUCCAUCUCCUGCAUCCUCACUCGGGUCCGACUGCUCGGCAUCAUCACCAGAGCCACAGAUCACGGUUAAAGGUGAAAACCCUCCGACUCCUCCCUACAUGUACGGAGACGUGCUGUCUCCUCCGCUGGGGUCCAUGGAGAUCACCGUGGCAACAACGGCCAUACCUUCACCACAGACGCAGCUACAGACGGCGUUGACGGCGCAGAUCCCAGCAGUCAUCAGUGGAAUACAGACGCAGGCUGUUCUGCCGAGUUCAGCCACAUUAAAGGCCAGCACCAUCCUGAGCACCAAACCCGCCAUCCAGCCCAGACCAGUGUGUGUCACCACCCUCCCCGUCCCCCAGACCCCUGCCCCGGCCAAGACCCUCAUCCUGCAGGGCCUGCCCUCCAUGGACCAGACCAGACCUGUCGUCUUGUCUCAGUCUGUCUGUCUCGGUUCGGCUCCGGCCAUCGUCAAAAUGGAGCCCGUCUCUCCCAGCAUCCCGCAGCACUGCUCCAGCCCCACGGCGCCGCCCAGCAGCAAACCCAUCGUCCCGGCGACGACGACGUUACCCGGCAACAAUUCCAACGACAUCGAUAUGAAGGUGCUGAAGCGGCAGCAGAGAAUGAUAAAGAACCGGGAGUCGGCCUGCCAGUCGAGGAAGAAGAAGAAGGAGUACCUGCAGAACCUGGAGGCUCAGCUCAGGGAGGCCCAGCAGGAGAAUGAGCGUCUCCGGAGGGAGAACCAGGCGCUGAGGGAGAGACUGGCUGGGAAAGAGGGCAGCGACUCAGCGAGCAACAAGAGAGCCGUGUGUGUCAUGGCCGUCCUGCUCUUCAUGACCUUCAGCUUCGGCCCCGUCAGCAUCACAGACAGGAAGCUGUCGGGCCUGCAGGACGGCGUGGUGUCGUAUACGGGUCGACGGCUGCUGGAGAUCGAACAGCAACAACAGUAUCAGCGGCAGGAGGCGGCAGCUCCGCCCGCGAGCAGAGCGGAGGACAAGACGGAGACGGAGGAGGAAGGAGGAGACGAGGCGCCGGAGUCCUAUCAGUUCAGGAACCUGAGCGAUGUGUUCAGUGACAUCAAGGACUUGGUGCUGCAGGACAUCGAUCGUUACUUCACCUCCUCAGACUGCAGACAGUUCAACCGCUCCGAGUCUCUCAGGCUGGCCGACGAGCUGAGAGGUUGGGUCCGCCGACACCAGAUCGACAGGAAGAAGUCUGGAGGGAAGCCAAAAAUCGCCAAGAAGGCAAAGAUCGCUCAGAAAGCUCAGCUGAGGAAGACAAACUUCUCCAGAUACCUGCCGAUCCAGACUCACCGCUCCAUAGAAAGUCAGCUGCAGGUGCUUCCUGGUCCCGAGGUCACCUACAGCGACUUCCUGGACGCCAUCGACCGCCGAGAGGACACUUUCUACGUCGUCUCUUUCAGACGGGAUCACCUGCUGCUGCCGGCCAUCAGCCACAAUAAAACCAGCAGACCUAAAAUGUCUCUGGUGAUGCCGGCCAUGUCUGUGAACGAGAGUCUGUAUAACUCCUCUCAGGGUUACGAGAUGAUGAUGCAGGUCGACUGUGAGGUCAUGGACACCCGCAUCGUCCCCAUCAAGUCCUCGGCCGUCCCGCCAUCCCUCCGCGACCCGCCUCCGCCCCCGCCCUCCUCCCACCACAACCCCCACCAUCACCACGGCAACCACACCUCGCUGCGAGGGCGCCACCAUCAUCACCCCUCGCCGUCCUCCUCCUCGCCGUCAUCUGCCCGCAGACGUACGGCGGAAUAUUUAAUCAGCCAGUCAGAAGGAGUCUGAUGAUGCGUCGCCAUGGUGAUGUGAUAAGAAGCGAAGGAGAGACACGGAUAUCUUUGAAAAUACCUUCUUCAUCCCUGCAACAGGUAACAGACCCUCCUCUUCCUGGAAAAGUCGAGUCUCCUGGAAGUUUGAAAGGAUUCGAACCAGAAAUUUGAGCUUUUACUGUUUAAAAGCUGUCGACAGAGCAGCAAAGCUCCUGUAGAAGAAAAUGUCCUAAUAUAUAAGAUUUCAUAUGAAAAAUGAAAGCGGGAUGCAGACUCUGCAGCACACUGCACUUAGAAACGGUGCUGCUUUUUAAUAUUUAAUUGUGAAAAUGUACAGUUGAAGCGCGGAGGCAGGAAGCUGUCGGGGCGGUCAACGCGGCCUGGACGUCCAGGUGAAAGUAGAUUUGACGUCGCCUUAAAGGACGGCUGGUCUCAGCGCUCGGCGUGUCGGAGCUGGGCCGGCCCACGGGUGGCGCCCCAGGGCUGCACAGCUACAGUUAGCAGGAAAGCCUCUGCGUGUGUCUGGAUGAGCAGUAAAGCAGUUCAUGCGUGGCAGAAGCUGAACUCGUGAGGUGUAACUGUGCAGCUCGCCUGCCGCCAUCAGAGCUGGUCCUCCUGCUCUCGGUCCAGGUCUCUGUGGACCCUGUUUGUGUUGUGGUUAUUAGACGACAUGCAGAGAGACAUGUCGAUCAGAGCUGAGGGCUGCUGCAUGAAGUAGGAUCUCAAAACCAGCUGCAAGAAAAUACUUUAUAUUUAAUGCUUCAGGAGCACGACAGGGACGUAAUGCAAGAAACAAUACACGAUGAAUGAAUGAAUGAAUGAAUGUCCGUCUGUCGUUUUAUUUAUCACUUCAACACUCUCAGUUUGUUACUGUGACAUUUUACAGUGAAAUAAACUCAUGUCACAAAGUGUAGUGGAGAUACUGCGUCCAACACACCUUUGACACUUCUCGUUAAUCACUUCUCGUUAAUCUUAAUCAACAUACAGUUGAAGCUUGCAGCGGGACGCAGCAUCUCUUCGUUUGAACAUCUUUCUGUUCACGGCUGAAACAUUUUAUUUUUUAAUGUUCUUGACAAAGACGUUCAUUCGUGUAGCUUCCACAAAAAUAAAAGAGAGAGAAGUUAUUGAUCAUUGAUAUUAAAAUACAUUAUCAAUGAACAGGCUGGAACCUGCAGGGUGGAGGGACGGAAGGGGCUGCACAAACUAAAACAUCUGAACAGCUGAGCUCCUUUUCUUCAUCGUAUUAGAAUAAAAACUGGAAUCGAUCAAGGACACCCAGCCUUACUCUGACGUGUCAUCAAGUAAAAGACAACACGUUCAGAUGUUUGAGAUCCUGCAGAGACACUCUGACGUCUUUCUGUUGACCUCCUUAUUUUACAUCAAACAUCACACAGCUGAGUCAUAACUCAGUGAAAUAUCAUCACACAGACGUGAGACACGUUUUUAGAUUCAGAGCGACUCACACUCUCAGAGGACAUCAGUGUCUCUGAUGUCCAUCGUGAGUAAACGUCCUUAAAUCUGCUUAGAAAUCAGAGAAAAAAGAUCCUCACAACUGCAGAACUUUCACUUUUUAAACUUUUUUUGGUGUCAGUAGCACCAAUAGUUCUCUGUGCAUUUAUGGCCUCAUUGCAAACAGGAAGUGCUCACAGCUGAGUUAUUGAGCAUAAUUUUACUGUCGAGUUUGUCAAAAUGUUAAAAAAACAUAUAUAACAGUUGAAAAACUCAAAAGGAAGCUUUAACCGGCAAACGUUUGUGACUUUCAACCCAACUGAAUAUGGAGGAUGAAAGGAAAAGACGGGUCGUAGUGCCUCUUCCUCCUUUUAUCAGCUCACAAAACCACUUCAGGAGAUCCGGAGGAUCCUACCUCCUGCAGCAUCCGUCACGUUUAUUCAUGUUUCUUGUUUUGAGGGGGGGGGGUUAUUUAAUAGAUGUAAAUAUCGAUGUUCACUCUGUAGAUAUUCUGUUUGUUUUUGUCACUUUUUAUAAUUUUUUUAUUCUUUGUCUUUUGACAACAAAAAGUAAAAGGAAUUUAAAAAAAAAGAAUAAAGUGGUUCCUGGAAUGAUGAAAAAAAAAAAAAAACGGACCGAUGUUGAAUUUUUAGGUUUUUUUAUUCUUGUGUUGAGUUCAGCGGACCAACCAGCUUCACUCAAUAUGAACUCAGGAUACUCUGUCCUGGUAGAAUAUAUGUAUUGAAGUAUUUACACAGAUUUAUUAUUGUACAGAAUAAAGUGAGGAAGAGGAUUUCAGGUCCUCCUGUGGCGACUCUACAUGAUGAGAUUUGUUUUAAAGAUGCUGAAACAUCCCAGAAAAGAUCACGACUGCCCACACAGACAGUAAUUCAGCCUUUGACACGAUGACUUUUUAAAAAUCUCUUUCUCCUUUUUCUUCUAACUGUUUUCAGACGUUCUGUGUUGUUUAUCAGACACGAUGUUGGGUUGCAUUGUGGGAAAUGUAGGCUCCAGUGGUUUUGGGGCUUCACCUUUACUUUAGCUGUUUUUCUGUCCCUCAGCUUCACAGAAGUGAAAUAAUAAACUGCCCGGUGAGAGUUCACGGCUGAACGCAGCCAAACAUUAAUGUAAAGAAGCAAACAGUGACAGUCAGAGGACGACAGCGUGAGGGUUACGCUCACGUGUUCGAUGAGAACAACCACGCUGUUUUAUAUCUGUUAUAAGAGAAGGAAGGAUAGCUGGAUUCUGUUGGAAAUACGCUUCACUUUGUUGUCAAGAGUUUAGAAAUACGUAUAAAAGACAAAAUUCACAUAAACCCCCCUAAAACAGUGACUCGUCUGUUUUUACUCUUUCAUUUUUGUACAGAUUAAACAGGUUAAAACAUGAAUCACUGAUCUGUAGAGCUGCUGCUUGGUGGAUUUCGUUAGCUUUAGGCAGAGCCAGUCUGUAUGCUAAGCUAACAGACUGCUAGCUGUAGCAUCAUGUCUACUGCACAGAGCGGUAUCAAUCCGAGCGUCUGACUCCUGGCAAGAAAGCAAAGAAGCGCAUUUCACUGAAAUAUUUAACCAACCUGGAAACGGAUCCAGAAACUGAACCUGCAGACGAAACCCAGUCCCAGUCCUGAAAGAACUAAACCAGACAGAACGAUUCGGAGGAGCUGGAGGUCUGAAGGCUGAAGGUUUUCUGUCUGUGGAGCUCUUUGACGUCUGUCGUCUCCAGCCGGCUGCACUGAACGCUCCUCACCCUCGUCUGCAGAAUAAACACGAACUCUGAUUUAACUUGUGUAAAGAUGGAAAAAACAAAGUGUGGAUUUCUUCUGAAACAUCACUGUUCAGUUUCAAAACAAAGCAUCGUAUUUUCAUGUUUUUGGCAAUAAUUUGCGAUAUUUGUCACGUGGUUGGUGGCUCUGAACUGACUGGAACAACAUUUCACUUCCUGUCUGAAACACUGGAGAACAUGUUUUGUUUUCUGCAGCAGAGACAGAACAAUGCAUCAAGACUGUAACAGGUACUAAAGAAGCUGCAAAAACUGCUAUUUUCAUGCUCAGUCGAUGAAUUGUUCAGGUUAUAAAGAGUUAAAAACACAAACUUUCAGCUUGUUGAAGCGAAGACGAAACAGAAAACCAGCUGAUACUCAGUUUAAAGCAGAACCAAGUGAAGUUUUGCCAUUUUUGUGCAGAAAAAGAAAACUAGUUUCAAAAAAGGUGUGAAAAUGUUCUCUUGAUUUGACUAAUCAAUGAAUCAAACAAUUGUUUCAGCUCCAAAGUCAAGUUUGUAACAUCUGGCGAGGAGACAGCUGCUGAAAAUGAGCUUUAAAGGCAUUUAAACAUUUACAGUGAAGGUGAUUGAUGUCCUGUCAGAAUAAUCAGAUAAAAUAAGGUUUCUGAGGCAACAUUUAACUUUAAUUCUUCGUGUUAAAGACAAAAAAACAAACAUAUUAAACACUAAAUCAACAAAAUGAAAAUGUGAUGCGUGGCGAUGAGUUGAGUUUCAGAUCCAGUAAAGAACCACCGACCUGAUCCGAGUCAAGAUCUUUGACCUUUAAAAAGGAAAACUGAACUCUGCUGUCGGCUGAAUGCUGACACAGCUCAGUGUGUGAACGCAUGUAAUCUGUGGUAACUGAAGGUAACGAUGUAAGUCAAGUUUUUACGGUAUGCCUUUGUUUUCUAUUUAAAAAUGCUAAACGUGUAAAUAAAUCUUUAUAAUUCCAUCUCCUCUGAUGAACGGA